CCCCCCAGAAAGACCACUUGUCGAGUCCUUCGCUUACAUCGCGCCCGGACACAUUUCGUCGAUCUAUUCAUAAUCCCCAUAGUUCACAUCCACACGUAUUAGGAGUCACAUCCACGGGCACGUUCCCGCGCUGUGGUGCGUGCGUGCUGCUUGUGUGUGCGCGCACACAUCAGUAACUGAAUCACGUAGCACUACAACAGCCAUUCUUCAUGCGAUCUUCCCCAGACCUAUUGGAGAAACUCCCCCCAAGGCGAGAUCUGUCACUGCUCACUCAUUUGCUGGAAGACGAUCAGAAGCGAUGUUAAAUGCACCAAGAAACACACCGGAGUCGGUUGUAAAGGCGUCGAGAGGAUUCCGGUCAGACCUCAUUGCGAAGGGAGCAGGUUUCAACAGUUGACGCGGAGGGAACUGAGCGCAGGAAGGAAGAACAAAAAGAGAGAGAGAUUCGUCUGAAAUCUCCUUUUUCGCGUUUUUUUUUUCAAAUUCAUUUUCUUCACCCCCUGCAAACGUUACCGGAGGGGGAGGGAGGUUGGUUGGUUGGCGGCCAGUGCAGAUGUGCAUUGUCCGAAUGAAGGAUACAACCUCGCCGGGUCCAAUUGGACUGGAUUAUGGGAUUACCGGACUGAUUAUUGGAAAACCAUCGGGCAAAAGUCGCAGCCGCGCUGGACUCUGAUGCUCUUUGAAUGACGGGAACGCAAAAAAAAAAAAAAACAAGAAGAGAGAAAAGGUUGGACGCGACUCGCGGCUCUGUGUGGUUGCUUUUAUUCCACUUUGUGUUAUGGGUAUAGCCUGCGUCUGCGGCGAGAGCACAGCCCGUAUGCAACAGUGUGCCGCACCGGAGAAAAAGUGAAUGCAUCGUGAAUGGUGACAUCGGGCAUGCUGCGUUUCCAACGGGCAUGUCAGUAUUCGCUGUAGCCCAUAAGGUGCAGAUGUCGCAUGAGGGCAAUGCGCUUUUCUUUUAAAAAAAAGGGGCUACGGUCUAACCUUCACUACGGAGAUUCAAACGCUUUAACCUUGGAUGCAGUAGGGAAUAUUAAUACUUUAUAGUCAUCGAUUAUUCAUUAAGCCCCCCACCACCACCACCACCCCACACCCACGCCCCCAUCCACCCCCGUGAGGAAAAACAAAGCAUUUUCUCGUCCACUAUGUUGAAUUUGAUCUUUUAUUCAUGCACGAGGUGUCGUCGGGCGGUCAUCUUUGUUUACAGAAAGUGUUCAUCGCAGCCGAGUGGCAUGUGAAAGAGGUUUAAAAGGAGAUUUAAAAGGAAAUAAGCAUACACACCUCGGAUAAAUAGCCGAAUAGUUUGGGAUUGGCAACGACCACACGGUUUGGGUUUGGGUUUAUUCCUCUAGGUUUGCCGUAAUCAACAGGUUGAAAGUCAACGAGGAUUUUCUUUUUUUCCGGUCUGCCUGUACCGCAUAUCCAGUUGAAGGGAUGCGUCUCUCUGUACCCAUUUUCUUUUUGCUGUGGGUUCAAGCCCUGACAUUGAAAAAUCUGAAUUAUUCUGUUCCGGAGGAGCAAGGACCCGGCACUGUUAUAGGUAAUAUAGCAAAAGAUGCCGGUUAUGGGACCAUGGAGAGAGGAAAAAAAUCGAACUUUAGAGUACUGGAGAAUUCUGCUCCACAUCUGGUGGAUGUUGACCCGGAGAGUGGACUAAUCUUCACUAAACAAAGGAUUGACAGGGAAACGUUAUGCAGGCGCAACCCAAAGUGCCAGCUCUCCAUGGAGGUGUUUGCCAAUGACAAGGAGAUUUGCAUGAUCAAGAUUGAUAUACAGGACAUAAAUGACAACUCGCCCAGUUUUCCUUCAGAUCACGUUAAUAUCGAUAUUUCAGAAAAUGCAGCUGCUGGGACACGCUUCCCCCUCACCAUUGCACAUGACUCGGAUUCUGGAGAAAAUGGGAUAAAGACCUAUCAGGUCACGAGAGAUGAUUACAAUACGUUUUCUUUGGAUUUAAAAGUGAGGGGCGAUGGGACUAUAUAUCCAGAGCUGGUGGUUCAGAGACCUCUGGAUAGGGAGGAUCAGAGUCAUCACACCCUCCUCCUCACAGCAAUUGAUGGCGGGGAGUAUCCAAGAUCAGGCUCCAUGCAAAUCAACGUCAGAGUGACUGAUUCGAAUGACAACAGCCCGGUGUUUGAGAAAUCCUCUUAUGUGAUUGAGAUUCCCGAGAAUUCUUCCCCAGGAAAAGUGCUCAUAGAUUUAAAUGCCACUGACCAAGACGAGGGGAGCAACGGGCAGGUAGUCUAUUCCUUCACCGGAUAUGCAUCCGAGAGAAUCCAGGACUUGUUCUCCAUUGACUCCAAUACUGGCAUCAUCAAGGUCCAUGGAGAAAUUGACUAUGAGGAGAAUCCAAUCAUAGAGUUUGAUGUUCAAGCUAAAGACCUCGGCCCCAACCCAAUACCAGGCCACUGCAAAAUAACUGUCAAAGUGCUUGACAAAAAUGACAAUUCGCCGGUAAUAAGUUUUGUCUCCGUCCGGCAGGGAGCCAUCAGCGAGGCAGCACCUCCAGAAUCUGUCAUAGCGCUGGUGAGAGUGACUGAUAAGGACUCUGGCCGAAAUGGUCAACUUCAGUGCAGGGUGCUGGGAAAUGUACCCUUCAGGCUGCAGGAGAACAACGAUAAUUUCUACACGCUCCUCACGGACAGACCCCUGGACAGGGAAAUGAAAGACGAAUACAACGUGACGAUAGUGGCGAGAGACAACGGGAUCCCGUCUUUGAACUACACAAAGUCGUUUACUGUGAAAAUCUUGGAUGAGAAUGACAAUGCACCACGUUUUACAAAGACAGUGUAUGUGCUACAGGUGCCUGAGAACAACAUCCCCGGGGAAUAUCUGGGCUCUGUUCUGGCCCACGACCCAGACGUAGGGCGAAAUGGAACGGUGUCGUACUCCAUUCUGCCAUCCCACAUAGGGGACGUUUCCGUUUAUACGUAUGUAUCUGUCAACCCCACCAACGGAGCCAUAUAUGCCUCACGCUCUUUCAACUACGAGCAAACAAAAUCCUUUGAGUUCAAAGUUCAAGCUAAAGACGGAGGAUCCCCUCACAUGGAAAGCACUUCUAUCGUUAAGGUCAACGUCCUUGACGUCAACGACAAUCUCCCAGUCAUCAUCUUACCCCUGCUGCAGAAUGAUACAGCCGAAAUCCCCGUGCCUAGAAACGUUGGUAUUGGAUACAUUGUGGCCACAGUGAAAGCGGUGGACCAUGACCAUGGAGAAAGUGGACAUUUGACCUAUGAAAUCACAGAGGGAAAUGACGAUCACCUGUUUGAGAUGGAUCCGGUGGGAGGGGAGGUCAGAACCGCUCAUGCUCUUUGGGAAGAGGUCACCCCAGUGGUUGAGCUGGUGGUGAAGGUAACUGACCAUGGCAAGCCCCCCUUAUCUGCCGUGGCUAAGCUCAUCGUUAAGGCGAACACGGAGACGGCAGCGGGAGGGGGCUCCAGCGCGGGCGGGGAGCAGCAGCACUGGGAUGUAUCCCUGCCCCUCAUCGUUACCCUCUGCAUUAUCUCCGUCAUGCUCUUAGCAGUCAUGACCGCCAUUGCCGUCAAGUCCAAACAUCAAGAUAAGGAGACUGGGAAUUAUAACUGCCGCAUGGCUGAGUACUCCAAUCCUCCAGUGGGGAAAGGGAAAAAGAAAAGGAUCAACAAGAGUGACAUCAUGCUGGUGCAGAGUGAGAUGGAGGAGAGAGAUUCUGCGAGCCGGAUGAACGUGGUGAGCAGUCCUUCUCUCAUCACUUCACCAAUAUGUUUUGACUACCAGAGUCCUCUGCCGCUCACACUGCCCAGGUCAGAGGUCAUGUACCUGAAAACCACCCCAAACAGCCUGACGGUCCCCAGGGCAGGUUGCCACUCCAGCUUUGCCGGGCUUAGCGCAGACACUCCAGCGAAUAGGAUGUCGGUGAUACAGACAGAAAAUUUCCCCUCAGAGCCCAAUUACGCUGGCAGCAGGCAGCCAUUUGUUCAAAGCUCAACAUUUAAGGAUGCAGAACGAGCAAGCCUCCGAGACAGUGGCCAUGGUGAUAGUGACCAGGCUGACAGUGACCAGGAUACUAAUAGAGGCUCACACUGCGACGCGGCUGCUAGGGAGGCCCUCAAGAUGAAAGCAACAGCAGUUAAUGGCCAGCCUUUUGAGCAGGAGCAAGACAAAUCAGUCCACUGCACCGACGAAUGUCGUGCACUGGGACAUUCUGACAGAUGCUGGAUGCCAAAGUUACGGGUAGGAAGCCAAGCAGACAGCGCCGAUAAUCGCACCAACCUUUUCAUCCCCGUGGGAAUGGAUGCCAUGGUAGAGACAGAGAUUUAUGGCACCAUCAGCUGCGGCAGCAGAAAAACCCUCAGCACGUUUGGAAAAGAGCAGCGGGACAGUACAAUCCUUGUGGCCAACGUCAAACCUUACUUAAAAUCGCAGCGCGCGCUGAGCCCCCCUCUGCAGGAGAGUCCGUCGGUGUCCAGCAGUCCCACCAAGAGUAGUAGUGGAAGUGUGCCCCCGGACUUGGCCAACCGCGAGUCCAAAGAAGAGAGGGAGGGCGGUUCAGACAGCAGUGCCUACGGCCCACCAGAUGGCCAGUGCUCCCCACUGCACACCGAAAUGGAGGAGACCCCCUACCUGACCCGCGAGCUCAGGCCCAAGUCCCUGUCAAGCAGCCUCCUCCACAGCUCUGUCAUCAGCCAGGAGUGCGGGGGGUCCGACUGCACUCUCGACCCGCGGGACUCUGGUAACUGACAGAUCAGGUGAUCCCCACCCGCUCUCUCGGUUGCCAGGAGUAUGAUGAUAAUAUUACAGGUUAAUGACCAAGAGGUGAUUUAUUUUGACCCACACGGGGGUCCAGACACGCAUUGUAUAACCAAAAACCAUCUGCUUUGUCUGUUUGUUUGUUUUCUUUUAGUUUGUGACCUGUUGUGUUUAGGUGAAAUAUGUGUCUUUGACUGCUGUGAAGGUUCGGGGAGAAAAUCAGUGCUUACCUGACUUCAAGUGUUUCCAUGGUGUACUGUACCUGUCAAUCUAGAUGUCUGUAUUUGACCCAUUUCAAGCUCCAAUUUUGUGAGGCUGUGAAAAAAAAAAUUGCUACUGUUAAACUAUUGAGUCCUGUCUGCUUUUGUACGGUGAAGCUUCCUGUCUCCAUUUAGUGUAUAAGGAACAUCUCUUUGAAUAUCACAGGCAACUGAAAUACAUAUCAGUGACGUUAAAUACAAAAGUGAAGUGUCUUAUGAACUGUUAAUGGUGGUGCAACGGGGAAUGUCCCUUUUCAUAAAACCAUUUGAGGUUCCGAUGAAACUGUUUUUUAAGAAUGUAUUUGUAAUUUUAUUGUUGUCCUCUGCAGUUUAUGUGAAAAUAAGCUGAGCUUACACGUGAAUGUGGGCUACUGUACGUGUUCUGUAUUUUAUUAAAUUUGUAUACACUGUGUGCA